UCAACACAUCCCCUAUCGAUGUGUUUAUAAACAAAACUUUGCAUUCAUUUGAGUCGCGGAUUGUGGUCUCAUUUGACACUUCCAUCGCUUCCAACAUGUCUUCGAGUAGAGACCAUAAGUCGAAGUCGAAGGACGGGAGACCUAAUGGUGGGAGCGAUCAGUCGUCGGCCAGUUUUGACACCAAACUCAUGGAAGCGCUCAAACAUUACGACACUUUCUAUGAAUCGGCGCCACCGGGUCUGGUGAGGGAGGACGAGGAGAGACCGGAGGACUGCAUCCCAGACCUGCCGGAGAACUCAGCCGCGCGAGACUUCUUGGCCAACGCGCCGAAGAAAGGUCUUUGGAUGCCAUUAGGCAAAGAGGUUAAGGUUAUGAAGUGCUGGCGCUGUAAGACAUACGGCCACAGGACUGGCGAU